AUGGUAGCAGUCGUCGUUGCUAUGGUUGUACCAGUUGCAGGCGUCGUCUGGUUUGCUUCCGGUGCUGUGACUAUUGAAGUUGCUGCGACUGUCACUGUCGGUGAGAGUGUAGUUGCACUUGGUGCUGUUGUUGCGAUCGUUGGUGGUAUGGUUGCAGGUGUUGUAACUACAGUAACGUUUACCGGAGCUGUAGUUGCAGUUGCAGUGACAACAGGAAGUACAGUUGCAUUUGUCACUGUUACGUUAGCUGGUGCUGUUGUAACCGCAUUUGUUGCAGCUGUUACAGUUGCAGGCGUUGUGAAUGUGGCUGCAUUCGUAACUGUUGUUGCAAUCCCCGGUGGUGUUGUUGCAGUUGUUGCCGCAACACUUGCAUUUCCUAAUGGUACUGUUGUUGCAGCGACUGUAACAACUGUCACAUUGGCUGGUGCUACGACAGUAACAGCAUUUGUUGCAGCUGUCAUAGCUACAGUUGAUAUUGUUGCUGGUGCAGCAGUCACAUUCACUGGGAUUCCUACUGUAGUUGUUGCAGCCACUGUCACAUUUAUCAUGGGGAUCGCAGUGGCAGUUGGUGGUGUCGGUGUAGAAGUUGCAACCGAAGUUGUAGUAGCUGGUGAAAAGGUCACACUAGUGGGUAAGGCUGUCGCUGUAACUGGAGGGACACCGGUUGUUAUUAUUGUGGGCACUGGCGUUAGCGUCGCAUUAGUGACAGCAGUUGUGGCUGCAAUGGUGCCUGUGAUCGUCACAUUUUCUACUUCUGCAAUGGUAGGUAGGAUUGUUGGUGGCAUUAUCGUAGUUGUAGAAACAGGGGUCGAUAAGACGGUGAUGGUGGUUCCGCCAUUGGGCGCGGUAGCAGCGGUAGCCAUUGUUGCAUUGGUUAUGGCUACAGUUGCAAUCCCUACAGGAGUCGUAAUGGGCGGUAUUACGGUAGCGUUGGUUACGGUAGUAGCAGCGCUUCUUGUUGUGGUAGUGAUAAGCGUUGUACCUGUCCUCGGUACAGCUGUUGUUACUAUAGCUGUCCCAGUAGUUAUCGCAGGUCCUGCAGUGGUAGCGGUUACAACCCCUAUGCCAGUAGUUGGGGCAGUUCCUGCUCUUGUGACUUCAACAUCUGUGCUGGUGGUGGUUGAUGUUUGUCUAUUAGUAGCAGUCUGA